UGAGUAAAAUAUUUUUUCCUUAAAGAUUCUGUACAGAAUGGCUUGUCUGCACAUUGGUUUUGGGAUCCUGCUGUUGAUCCUUGGAAGCAUUGAGAAAACAUCAUCUACAUUCUACGAUGGAAUUGAGGAACUGGACAAUGAUAUAAUUCUAAACUGUAUGAAUGAAGCAAAACAGCUGGUGGAUACAGCUUAUAAAAACACCCGCAUUGCUUUAAAGACACGCCUGAGGCAGAAGGAUGUGAGUGCCAGAGAUAUCAUGGCGUAUUUCAAGCAGCCUGUGGCAGGAAGUAGGACUGCCAUUCGAGCUGCUGAUUACAUGGGCACCACCCUCCAGCUCCUGACAGAGAAAAUGAAGCAUUUUCACCAGAGACCUUUCAAUAUCUCAGAUUUGCUGACCAAGAACCAGAUGGAUGAUAUUUUUAAGAUGUCAGGUUGUGCCAGCCAACAUCUUCCCAAGGUUUGCCAGGAUAGUCCUUACCGAACCAUAACUGGAGAGUGUAAUAACCGGAGGAAUCCCAGUCUUGGAGCUUCCAAUACAGGAUUUACACGCUUAUUACGUGCUGAAUAUGAGGAUGGCAUUGGGCUCCCGAAGGGGUGGACUGAAAACCGUCCCAUUAAUGGCUUUCCCCUACCUUUGGCACGCUUAGUGUCAAAUGAAAUUGUCCGUUUCCGAACUGAGGAUAUUACUUUAGACUCUGGCCGGUCCCUCAUGUUCAUGCAAUUUGGCCAAUGGACAGAUCACGACCUUGAUCUUUCUCCUGAGACUCCAGCAAGAACAACGUUUCUGGAAGGAAUUGACUGUGACCACAGCUGUGCACGUGAACCCCCCUGCUUCCCUCUGAGGAUUCCACCAAAUGAUCCUCGGUUUCGUAACCUGAGUGAUUGUAUUCCGCUCUUCCGCUCUGCUCCAUUCUGCAAUCCUGGAUCACCUGUACGUGAGCAGAUUAAUAUACUCACUUCCUUCCUUGAUGGAAGCCAGGUGUAUGGCAGUGACUAUGCUCUUGCUUCCAAACUUCGAAACAACACAAAUCAAUUGGGCCUGAUGGCCAUCAACCAGAACUUUACAGACAAUGGGCUGCCAUACUUACCUUUCGAGACAAUUGAAGAAGACUUUUGUGUUCUCACUAACAGAUCUUCUGGAAUUCCUUGUUUCUUGGGAGGUGACCCACGUGUCAGUGAGCAGCCAGGUCUCACUGCUUUUCACACUCUUUUUGUGAGAGAACACAAUCGAAUAGCAACAGAAUUACGUAGAUUGAAUCCAAACUGGUCUGGAGAGACUCUGUAUCAAGAAGCUCGGAAGAUUGUUGGUGGUAUCCUACAGAAAAUUACAUACAAAGAUUGGCUCCCUCUGCUACUGGGUGAGAAUUUCCAAAGAUUUAUUCCUAGAUACAGAGACUACAACGAGUCUGUGGAUCCAAGAGUGGCCAAUAUCUUUACAGUUGUCUUUCGUAUGGGUCAUACAUUGAUACAGCCACUCAUCUACAGGCUAGAUGAUGGUUAUCGCCCUUAUAUGCCAGAACCAACAACUCCCCUCCAUAUGACUUUCUUCAAUAGCUGGAGGGUGGUGAGACAAGGUGGCAUUGAUGUGCUGCUCCGUGGUCUUAUGGCAAAUCGAGCUAAACUCAACCGUCAAAAUCAGCUGGUAGUUGAUGAAUUGAGGGAGCGUCUCUUCCAGCAGUUAAAACGUGUUGGUCUUGAUCUGCCAGCCAUCAACUUGCAACGAGGCCGUGGACAUGGAUUACCAGGAUACAAUGCUUGGAGGAGAUUUUGUGGUUUGUCUGCACCCAGCAACCUCAAUGAGCUUACCAAUGUCCUAAAUAACAGAGAACUGGCUGGGAAAUUCAUUAAUCUCUACAGAACACCUGAAAAUAUUGACAUCUGGGUUGGAGGAGUUGCAGAGCCACUUGUUCGCAAUGGAAGGAUUGGAGAGCUGCUCACAUGUCUGAUUGGGAACCAGCUCCGUAGGGCACGUGAUGGAGACCGGUUUUAUUAUGAGAGACCUUCUGUAUUCAAUGAGGCCCAGAGGAGAGCAAUAGAAAGAACAAGUUUUGCCCGUGUUAUCUGUGACAACACAAGGAUUACCCAGGUACCCCGGAAUGUCUUCUUGGGGAACCAGUACCCACAAGACUUUUUAAAUUGUGCCAGGAUUCCACCACUUGACCUGACCCCUUGGAGAGCUUGAGUGCUAGCUGAUAAUCAUGCAUCACCGCGAGAAUUAUGAAAUGCUGGAAAUGCUGAAUCAAGAUGUUUUUUGGAGAUGAAGCUGCUUAUGUUGCUGAGUUAAUCUGUCCCUUCAGAAUUAUCUCAAAAAAUCUAUAAAUCAUUUGUGUAAUUUGCAACAUAUCUAUUGAGACAGACAAAUAAAAUAAAGGAUUAAAAAAA